CUCUAAGAGUUCUGUUAGAAACAGUAAACAGCGUAGAACAAUCUGUCAAAUUUUCAUAUAAACAUUAAUAUCAGAUAUUUUUUGGACUUAUUUAUUUUUAGUAAAAAAAUAUACAAAGUUACGUAUAUGUAAUUAACGUAAAAUAAUGGUACAUAAAUGACAAAGGAUCGUUACGUGAACGAAGAACAAAUUUAAAGUGUCAAAGACACGUGAGAUUUGAAAAAUGUUUGGUUUCAAAAAAGCUCGUGGAAACUUUGCUCUCAUCCUUUUUUGUGGUUAUUUUAAUUUGCUGGUGGCAAACAAUCAUGUCAAAUUAUUUCCAAAUGAAAUACGAAGCCUGAGUGAACUUCCAUUGGAUAAACUACUUCAAAUAAAAUCAUCGUUCAUCGACACUGAUGUACCAAUCAAAGUGGAGAGAAAAAAGGAUCGCAAAUCGGUAUCCACAUUGCCUGCAGCGCUUCCGUUGAAAAGGAGUGAGAAAAAACCCAACAGAAGAUACGAAGACCAUUAUUACGAAGAAAAGGGGAAAGAUUCGAAAAUUUCGAAAAUUUUUCAACUCGCUAUUACGACGCUUUCUUUUUUAGCUUUCGGUGGAUAUUUACUUGCUUUGAUAAUAGCGGGCAUUAGACGCAAUGCAGUAGCUGCCCCCAACUCGAAUGUUAUAUUUUUGUCGAAUCUUCAAAAUUUGCAAAAAUAUAAGCGACCCAAAAGAAAUUAUAUCUUUCUGGAUCCAAUGGCGAAUGAUUUCGACACGGAGAGAUUAUACAAAGGGAUGAUAAUGCUUUCUCGUGGUUAUGCCCUAUACAAUUAGUAUGUAAAUUUCGGUAUAAUUUUUUGAAUGUCAUUUAGUAUGUUACCGAGAAUAAAGAUAUGAAAUAAAGUUCUAAACCCGUGCAAUAAUGUACGUAAACGCAGUUUCUUAAAUUCAUUGCUCAUGUUAAUGCAUGAGAUUAUAUAUCUAUAGGUACCUAUGCAUGCAAUAUAUGUAUAUGUGCACAUAGGCAUAUGCAUAGAUAUAUAUAACACGAUAACUUUUUCUUAAUGCAUCCGUUCAAAGUAGCAGUGUUUUUUAUCACCAGAAUUUUCGAUAUGCACCUGGUUAAGAGUGGGGACUACCUGCUGCGCAUAGCAGGUGGUCUAACGCGUUUA